AUGGAACCGCAACAACAUUAUAGAAGAUUUGUUGUAUUGGGAGAAAAUGGAAGAGCCACGGUUGAAUUGUUUUAUCCUAUUAUCAAUGGUGUUUAUGAAAUGAUUCCUGCUAUUCCUUUUCGCAAUCAUAAUAGAAACAUCAUUUUCUCACAUAUGUGUAUCGAAGAUGAUCACUUUCUUCUUUGUGAAAGCAACAACAACCAUAUUAACGAGGUUCAUAGUAGAAUGAAAACUCAAGAUGUCAUACCAAUUUAUGGUCAAGAUGGCCACUACGUUAUUCAAGAAAGUAACAGCAAUCAAAAUAAUCAAACUCCGACAGGAAGAAUAACAAAAGUUACCGUUCAGAAUCUUGAAAGAAUUAGAAUUGAUGAAGAAACUAUUGCUGAGACUUUAACAUGUUCCAUAUGUCUUGAGGAGUUUUUACUUGGAUCGAAAGCUAUUCGUUUGCCUAGUCCAUGCUCACACAUUUAUCACGAAAAUUGUAUUAUGAAAUGGCUCAAUAGGUCAAACACAUGCCCUUUGUGUCGUAGACCUAUCUCAUGUAUUCUCUUGUUUUGUUAA